AUGGCCUGGCUGAACAGAGAGAUCACAUGGGCAGCAAAUGAAGGCUCUGACUCCCUGUUGGUCCUCAUUGGGCAGCGGUCAGACUCUUUCAAUGCCAUCAAUAUUGCCACAGCACUCCACCGACUAGCGCGAUUGCAUGGGGCAGAUGGAGGUAAAGGAUUGUUAGCUCAGUCAGAUGCUUUCAAGUCCUUGAUCGUUAAGACGACGAAGGUACUCGGCAUGCCCGCCACCGAGUGUGAUGCCAGAGCAGUCUCAACAAUUGCUCAUGCAAGUGCCGGCUUGGGGCUGCGUGAUGCUACUCUGACAGCCGCCAUUGUGGACGCUUCUUUGGCACGUUUGCCAGAUUUUGACCGGCAAGGUGUGGCCAAUCUGGCCUGGGCUUUGGCCAAACUGCCCAGAGUCAAGGGGCGGGCCAAGUUAGGGAAGCAAAUCGCCUCCUCAUCGCAUGCUUUGGUGUGGGACUUUUUACCCCAAGAGCUUUGUAAUGUCUUAUGGGCCCUUGGAAAGCUGGGCGUGCGCGAUAACAAGCUCAUGUCGCUCGCCAGUGAGGCGGCCCAAGGUCAGGGCUUGGAGACCUUCACGCCUCAGGGCUUGUCGACCUUGGCGGCGGCCUACGCGCGCGUGGGGGUCUUCGUGGAACCGUUGCUGGAAGCGAUCCGGAGCCAGGCCGAAGAGAGGCUGAAGGAGUUGAACUGCCGCGACGUGGCACAGCUCGUUUGGAGUCAUGCGAAGUUCAAGCUUCUUCGCGAAGAUUUCCUGCAGAAGCUUUGCAAACGUGCUGGGAAGCUGCCUUUGACCGAAGGUGGUGCGGAGCUAGUGGUCUCGCAGCUUUUGUGGUCCUUUGGAACUCUUCGAUGGGUGCCUCCAGGGCCGCUGCUGGGCGUUUUGCUCGGCCAGGCCCGGCAGUUGGCGGAGGGCUUUGGCGCGCACCGCAGCGUGCGGCUGCUGACGGCACUCGCGAAACUGGCCUUUCUGGUGGAGGGUGACAGCAAUCAAGGCCUACAGGAGGUGGCAUUGGCCUUGGCAGCCAAUGUCGAGCUGCUACACAUGCGUAUGGGAGCGCAAGAAGUGGGGAUCAGCGCUUGGGCUCUGGCCACUCUGCAGCCCAAAGGUUGGCGCAAAGUGCUUCGAGGUCUGGUGGAGCGAGCAAACCAGGAGCAGAUCCUGAGCGAGUUGAACUGGUGGUCUGCGGCCCACUUGGAAUAUGCGCUCCGAUCCCUCUCACCACGAACUAGUUCGUCGGCUCCCACGGAGCUCUUGACAUCCCUCACCCUGCUGUGCCGAGAGGAAGCGCAGCGGAUCCGUGUGGAGAGCAAGGCCUUUCGAGAGAGGCCCCUCCAAGUGGCAGCGGAACUGCAGCCCUGGAGGGCCUCGAAGUUGCCUCCUGGAGCUUCAGUCCUCCUCUUCGGCCCCAACCGCCACCUGCGCCCCGCGCUCCUGCAGGCGGGCUUGCGCUGCGUCCUCUGGCGCCGCUUCGCCUCAGGUCGGUGCCGGGCCAGUGCCUGGCCGGAGCUGGAGGAGGUGGUGGAGAAGUCUCCGCCCUGCGCGGCGGCGAUGCGAUAUCCGGACUCGGGGGAGUCCUUUGAGUUCGCCUUAGAUGCCGUCGCUGCCCAACUCCCAGAGGGCGCGCCCUUGUGGGUGUAUGGCGACGUCCGUGAAGGCGUGCUCAGCACCACCCGUGCCUUGCGGGGCCUCUUUCGCCUGGAGGCGAUCCACGAGGAGAAGGACUGCCGCGUGAUCUCGGCGAGGAGGGCCACCGGCGCGGCGAAGGGAAGCUUCGAGGCCUGGCUUCGGAAGGAGACGCUGGACCUGCUUGGACAACCUCAGGAGUGGUGGUCGGUGCCUGGUCUCUUUGCUGCGGGGCAGGUGGAUGUGAUGACACAGUAUUUGUUGGACACUAUGGUCUCAAUCAAGACAUCGGAUGAAGCAUGGCAGCUAGCUGAAGGCGAAGCGUGUAGCGUUCUUGACUUUGCCAGUGGAACUGGUAUUCUGGCGGCCGGAGUGAUGCGAUUGCUGACGACGGGCCAUGUAUGUCUCUUGGAUGCGGAUGCUGCAGCGCUGGAAGCUGCUGGUCGAAAUCUUCCAGAAGCAUCACAGGUUCUGUCGGAUGGCUUCAGAUGUGACCUGGAUCGCAGAUUUAAUUUGAUCAUCUCGAACCCGCCGGUACAUCACGGCCAUGCGGAUGAUUUGGAUUUGCUGCUGGAGUUGCUGCGCGCCGGACCGCGCUUGCUGGAGGAGGGCGGUGAAAUGUGGCUGGUGACACAGGAGCACAUCCCCACAGGGCGGCUAUUUGAGGUGGUCAACCUGGAGCAGGAGGGUCAGGAGGAGAGCUCAUCCUUCUACGAGAAUGUGAGCAUGUACCCAACUUGUGAUGGUCGAUUCAUUGUUUGGCGUGCGGGACGCGGUGUGCGGCCAGUCUCGCGCCCACGCAAGACACACAAGCGCAGCUCUUGCGGGGCAGAAGAUUGCACGCCACUCAAGCGGAUCAAAAGAGAGAACAUACCACGCGCCACGCGGAUCAAAAGCGCCCAGAAAUGUUGUGCCGCUCCAGAGAUGCGUUUUCAGGACUUCGAAGCCUCUGGGACGGAAACUGGACUGGGACGUUGCUGA